AUGCUUGCGCUCACAAGUUGUACCGGCAAAUUAGGCAAAGCGACUCUUAACGCUAUCCUUGAAUACAAUCUCAUCCCUCUCAAAGACCUCGUAAUCUGCACCUCAUCCAGCACCUCCAAUUCGAGAUGGGACUACCUCAAAAGCCAGGGCGUCCAAAUCCGCUCUUUCAACUUUGACAACCCCUCCCCAUCGACCUUCAAAGACUGCACCUCUCUCUACCUCAUCUCCACCCCUAACAUAUCCAUGGAUUUCAACAACGCACCGCCCGGAUCUGGUCGAGAGAAAGCGCAUAUCGGUGCCAUCGAAGCCGCUCGUGAAGCAGGUGUGACCAGUUUCUUUUAUACCAGUUUGGCGUUCGGAAGUGAUUCCGGUGCUGGUGUCAUGAGAGCCCACUUACGCACUGAGGAAUUUCUGAAGGACUUGCGAGAGAGAGAGGGUGUGAAAGUCACAGUCAUGAGAGAAGGUUUGUAUAACGAGAGCUGGCCGCUUUAUCUGGGAUAUUUUGACCCGAAGGGCGAUGAGAGAGGUGAGGUGGUUCUUGCUGGCGAUGGAAAGAUUAGCUGGACAGCGAUUAGGGAUCUGGGGUUGGCGAGUGCGCUGGUAUUGGCGGAUGGGAGUGGGAAGUUUGAGGGGAAGACGUUUUAUCUGUCGAGGAGGGAGGGGCCGAGGAGCAUGAGUGAGAUUGCGAGAUUAGUGGGCGAGGCAAGGGGGAAAGAGGUUAGUGUGAGGGUCGUGGGCAGAGAUGAAUAUGUGGAAACUUGCAUGAAGAGAGGUAUUGAGAGGGCGUCGGUUGAGUGGUGGUCCUCGACGUAUGCUGCAUUGGACAGGGGAGAGUGUUUGAUUGAUGAUCCGACGUUGGACGACUUGUUGACUAGCCGGGGCGUGAAGACUACGGCUGUUGAAGAUACAGUGAGGGAAAUGCUACAAAUACCGUAG